AGUCCAGCCACCCCGGUGCUCGGCACUGCAGCACGGCGGCACCAUGAAGUCAGGCAGCCUCCUCCUACUGGCAGGGCUCCUGGUCCUCUGUGCCCAGCUCCAGCCUGCGUCUGGGAUGGCCUCUCAAGGGAAGCCCGGACUCUGCCCCCGGAUACCCCCAGGGACCAUGGGGAUCUGCGUUGAAGAAUGUAGUAACGACAUGGACUGCAGUGGAGUCAUGAAGUGCUGCUUCAAUGGCUGUGGCCACGUGUGCAUGAAUCCAGUUUCUCGCUCAUAGCCUGGCAGCCCGUGCAUUCUGGCACCAUGACCUCCUGCCUGACGCGAUGCUGACCCUGAGGCCUUGAGAGCCCAGACUUGGCACUGGGACAAGGGGACCUUCCACCGUCGCUUUUGCCGCCCCCGUUCCUGCUGCCAGCCCAGCUCUGCCAGCCCCCGGCGCUGCCCCGUGCAUGGGGCAUCGUCUGCCCAGGCCGGGCUCAGGCUCUGCGCUUUGCUCCUUCCUCUCUGAAUAAACGAGUCCUGCAUGAA